CGGGAGCCGCGAUGCCUUUCGCCAGCUCCAGCACGGACGAUGCCUUCGACUAUCUCUUUAAAAUCAUCCUGAUCGGGGACUCCAACGUGGGGAAGACCUGCGUGGUGCACCGCUUCAAGACGGGGCAGUACAACGAGAAGCAGCAGAACACCAUCGGCGUCGACUUCACUGUGCGCUCCAUGGACAUCGACGGCAAGAAAGUGAAGAUCCAAGUGUGGGACACAGCCGGCCAAGAACGCUUCCGGACAAUAACCCAGUCUUAUUAUAGGAGUGCCCACGGGGCCAUCCUUGCCUAUGACCUUACUAGGAGGUCCACAUUUGAAUCCAUUCCUCACUGGAUUCAUGAAAUUGAAAAGUAUGGUGCUGCAAACUUGGUCAUUAUGUUAAUUGGGAACAAAUCGGAUUCACUGGACAAGCGCCAAGUCCUGUUUGAAGAUGCCUGCACACUGGCAGAGAAGCACGGGCUCUUAGCUGUCCUGGAGACAUCAGCAAAAGAAGCUCAAAACAUAGAAGAAGUGUUCACGUUAAUGGCUAAGGAGCUCAUAGCCCGAAAUACCUUACAGCUUCAUGGAGACAACCCUCCAAACAGCAUCUAUCUGGAUUCCAGGCCAGUCAUUACCAGUCCAAGCGUGGAGAAGAACCAGUGCUUGUGUUGAAGACAGAUUUCGGAAAGAACUUGGAAGUCAUCGUUCUUCUGAGGCUGUUUGAUUUCCUUUUGCUCAGUUGAUGAAAGUGUGCUAUGUGGCCUCAAUCCACCUCUCUGAUAUCUCUACCUUGCAGUUUGGCUUGUAAGUAUUUUCAGAGAUUGAUGUUGCUGUUGGUAGCACAGGUUCCUUUUGAACAUGGCAGCUGAUACUUUAGCAUGAACUUCUGAACUGAGAGGACUUGAGAAGCUGCCAGCACUUGCCUUAACCAAAGAGAACUGUAAAAAUUAAUGCCUUUGAUUAUAUCCUUGAAUGAUUUUUCUGGCUGUGUCAGAAGAUAAAUUUGCACCAGAGCUCUGCAUUGACUUGACCCUUCUAAGCUAUGUUGUUUUUUUCUACUGUGAGCACUUUACUGUUUGCCAGCAGCCUUAAAAAGUCUGACAUGUGCUUGGGCAGCACUGACCCACUGCAGCUCUAACUUCCAGUUAGGGGUGGUCUUGAUGUCAGGUGUGUAGCCACCCAUCCCAAGGAACUCAAGAGUACAUGAUUUCACAUCUGUUCUAAUUUCCUCACCAGACAAACCUGGGGUUUCACAGCAGGCAGAAUAUUAUACACUGGAGUACCAGCCUUCUGCCUGGGGUGAGAGAAGUUGUCUUCCACUUUGCUCUCUAAUUAUAAGAGUUGCUUCCAGUAGUGAUCUCUGUCUUGCUACAUAGACUUGCUAGUAGUGAAACUUCCAAGGCACCAGUAAUGGCUUAAAUCAAUGCUGGGAUGAAAGGACUUUUGUUUAUCUCCUCUCCCUCACCUUAUCUUGGUUUUGAUAUGCUGAUUUCAAUCAAAAGCCUUCUGUAGUUUGUGUGGUGGGCCAAUUGCAGCUUGAGAAUAUGCCUGUAGAUUUUCAAGGGAUUCAAGCUCCUGUAAAACUCAGCAAGGGGUUAAGAGUUUAAUUACGUAACCUUGUCUUAGAGCAGAAAGGCAAUACCAGAAAGCUACCCAUAGGCAAGUAUAUAUGCUACUGCUAUGGAGGCUUCACAUCCUGGUGGCAAUAGACGGUUUUGUAUUGCUGCUCCCAAAUGCAGGCUCUGGUUUUGGGGGCUCACUACUUCCAUAGACUGGAACUGAAUGAAGAGUUUGUUGUUUUGUUGGGGUUUGGUUUGUUUUUCAGUAGAUGGAACAGGAAAGGAAAGGAAGGGAAGAAGUAUUAUACUGAAGAAGGUUUUGACUGCAGUCCACAUGUACCAAAGUGCAUCACUUGCGUAGUUACUGUUAAGCUAUGAACUGAAAAAUCACACUGUAACAACACAACACAGUCUGGGUUCCAUGCACAGAUGCCCUGGGAAGGCUGGUACGCUGCUAGCUUACCAGAUGGCUGUCCACCCAUGUUUCGCAGGUUCUUGAAAAACAGGGAAAAACACGUAGCAAAUAUUUCUGGAAAAAUCUUGUUUGAGAAGCACAAAAAAUAAAGUAAAAUGAAUCACUGA